AUGGGUUCGAUCAAUACAUUAUUCAAUCGAUUGCAACGUUUUGUUGGCGGUGGCGGCGGCGGAAACAACGGGGUGAGUCAUAAUUGAAAAUUGCCAAACACUCUUCUAGUUCUCACAUCAGAAAACUCACGACAUAACAUUUUUUUUUCAAAUUGACCGAGAAAAAAUUUUCCUGGUCAAAGAAAUAAUUUCGAUUGUUAUCUAACGUGGGUUAAGUUUUCUCGAAAAACCGAUUAAUCAUAUUCGCCUCUCACGUGAUAAGAAAAAAAUGAGUGAAAAUGAAAUCAUGAUUCAUUUUUUUUUCAAAAUUUCGGAGAACACAUACUGGUUUUUUUGACAAAAUACAUAUGAAUCAUUACAUAUCAUUUCAUUUCACAAAUGUGUUUCAUUUUGUUUCUCUCGGUCUCUCUAAAUUCGUUUAACUCAAUUUUUCGAAUCCUAAUUAUGUUUUUUUGCAGUUUCAUGGUCGAUAUAUUCAAAAUACAAAUGAAGCAAUGAUUGUGAAUCCAAAUGCAAUUCCAUCAUCAAACACGGUAAGAUUAUAUUUUAUUUUCUUAUAUAUUUUUCAAUUGUUUCAUAUCAUUCUUUUGUUUUCAAUAUUUUGUUUUGAGAAAAAAACGGAAACGGGCAAAAAUUUUGAGGAAAAAGGUCUGUGGCUCAGCCCAUUUUCAUUUUUGAAAACAUUUUUCAUUUUCUUGAUUCUCUCUGAUUCAGCUCUUCCACGGACCUGCAGAAUUUGAAAUGCCGGGAUUUUCUAGCGAAGAGGUAAAACACACCGCUUUUCUUUCAGUUUCACAAAUAACAAACAACAUCCUUUCUUCUAAAAUCCAUGUUUCUCAAAUAUGAACUAACACUAAAAUAUGUUAAAAAAUUUGCAGGAUCGUCGACAUUUACUGAAAGCUUGUAAAAUGAUGGAUCAAGUGGUGAAGAAUUGCCAAAGUUCUCGAUUAAAUCUGAAAAAUUCGCCGCCGUUCAUUUUGGAUAUUUUGCCAGAUACUUAUUCACAUGUUAGUUUAUUUUUCGGAUAUUUCAGCCAAAAACAAAGUUUUUUUUGCAGUUGAUGCUCAUCUUCACGCAUAAUAAUGAUAUUCUUCGGGACAAUGAUUAUAUCAAAAUCUUCAUCGACAAUCUCAUAAACAAAUGCAAAGAAACUGUGAAACUUUUCAAAACAUCUGCGAUUUACAAUGAUCAAUCUGAAGAGAGAAGGAAAUUAACGAAACUCUCGUUAACGUUCUCACAUAUGUUGUUCGAGUUGAAAGCCGAAUUUCCAAAUGGUCCAUUUAUUGGCGACAAAUUUCGAGUGACAAAAAGAGAGGCUGAAGAUUUUUGGCAAAAUAAUUUUCCCAAAAAGUAACCCUUUUUUGUGUUUUUGUUUGUGGAGCAAAAUAAUAUUUUCUGCAGGUCAAUUGUAGCGUGGCCAGUAUUUUUGCAAGCAAUUGAACAUCUUCACCAGCAACCGAUUACAAAAUUGGAAGCGGCUGAACUCAAAUCAACAGUUGAUUUGGCUGGCGAUGAUUAUGUGUCAAAUUUCGAAUUUGACGUUUUCACCCGGCUGUUUUAUCCGUUCAAAACAGUUAUCAAAAAUUGGCAAACUUUGACAACAGAACAUCCAGGUUACUGUGCUUUUUUGACUUAUGAUGAGGUGAAAAAGCGACUCGAAAAAUUGGUCAAGAAACCGGGAAGCUAUAUUUUCCGGCUUUCUUGUACUCGCCCAGGACAAUGGGCGAUCGGAUAUGUUGCACCAGAUGGUAAAAUAUAUCAAACAAUUCCACAAAACAAAAGUUUGAUUCAAGCAUUGCACGAAGGCAAUAAAGAAGGAUUGUGAGUCAACCAGAUAAAAAGAAACAAAAAAAUCUAAACCAACAUUUUCCAGCUAUCUUUAUCCGGAUGGCCGUGACCAUGAUGUGAAUCUUGCCAAGUUGAUGGAAUUGCCAGAAGCUGAUCGAGUCCAAGUGACAAGUGAACAAUACGAGUUAUAUUGUGAAAUGGGUACCACUUUUGAACUUUGUAAAAUUUGUGAUGAUAAUGAGAAGAAUAUCAAAAUUGAACCGUGCGGACAUUUGCUAUGUUCAACAUGUUUGACGAAUUGGCAGGUGAGAAUAUUACUUUUUUCAGAAUGACAAAUUUUAGAGGGUAUUUGAAAAUUUUCAGGAUUCUGAUGGUGGCGGUAAUACUUGCCCAUACUGUCGUUACGAAAUCAAAGGAACCAGCCGAGUUAUUAUCGAUCGAUUCCAGCCAGCACCAAAAGAACGAAAAAGAUCAUCGAAAGAGACGAUUCCAGCUAUUCCUCCAAGAAAUGUAUGUUAUUAAAAAACAGAUUUGUGAAAAGUGAAGAAAGUCGAGUUGAUUUUCAAAGAUCGUUGUGUGAAAGAUCCAGGAAUUAAUUUUUUAUUAUACUCUGUGAAAGUGCAAAAUCAGUCACGCUGAAAAUAAUUUCAAAGUCAGAAGUUAUUUUUACAUGAUCAAGAAAAUUACGAAUUCUAAUUUUCGGAUGUGAGAAAAAUCCAACAAUUUUAAUAAAAGAGUAUAUAUACUAACUCGAGAGAUCUGAAAACUCUACAAUCAUUCAGAAACUUUUGAAGUUUAAUAAUCUGACUUUUUCAAAAUUUAUCGAUUCAAUUUUUCAGAGCAAAAACAAAAUCAGCGCGACACAAUCAAUUCCAUCUGUUGCCGAACUUCCACUAAUUCCACCACCAAUUCCGCCAAAAACUCGAAUUACUGAAUCGCCAUUUUCUGGAAUUGUGAGUUCUAGUCUUCUGCUUCUCAUUUCAUUUCAUUUAAUUUUCUUCAGUCAGAAAUGGAGAGAAAUGUGAUAUUUUAAUAGGGUGCAGAAAUUUGAUAUGUCUGGGGAACGCGCAGUAUUUUUCAUACUUUUCGCUUUUUUUGUCGUUUCCGCUCAUUUGAGACAUGAAUUAGUAAUUAUGAAUAUGAUGGAGGUUGAGAAAAAGUGCUCUUUGAAAAAAGUAAAAAAAAGAUAUAUAGAGAACGAAGGAUUUUCAGACUGGAAAUAGUGCAAGUUAUGUGAAUAUCAAAGAACUUGCUGUGAAUCCGGAAUCUUCAUCAUCUUCACAAAGUGGUGCUCCUCCAUCAAUUGUUGCUCCACCAUUACCAACUCGUCCAGCUGAUCGAAAUGCAACCAAUUUGACUUAUAUCAACACUGCUGACGUUGUUACAAAUUCAAAUCUUCUUCUUUAG